GACCGUGUGAGGGUGAGGAGCAGCGAUCGUCGUGUCCUUCCCACCGCCAGGGGCCGCCCGACCAAGUGCUUCUCUCACCCACUCCUAUAUUUUACCCGGAUUGGUAUACUAGCCGCAUAUAGUGGCUUUUACUCCAGUACCCCCAGACUUGGAUGAUCCGGAUUUACUGCACAAUUCCGGCAUAUUUAUCCGCUGUUCUCGCAUAUCCCCCAGCUUACGUUACUGCUUCAGUUGGGGCAGUUUGUGUGAUAGUGCUUCCAGUGUUUGGGUCAGUCUCCCUAGUGGGAGGGUGAGACCUGUAUAUUAGACAUUUAAAAAGUGGUCGAUAGAUAAAAAGAAAUAAUGUGAUUAAGUAUACUAGGAUGUAUAGCGCGCUUACUACUAUCAGUGAUAGAUAAUGUGGUUAAGAGUGCACCAUGCUUGCCGUUGCUCGCACGUGGACCCAUGCCGCAGAUGACAACAGAUUAUAUCUUGUCUUGAAGUUGCUGUAGGCUACAGGGCCGCUGUUGAGCGCCAGACAUCAUCACCAUCACCACCAUCAUGAUGCAGCAAGAUCAAGCGAGCGCCAUAGAGGAUACAGCCCACCGACGUUGUAACAAGUGCAAGCAGGCUUGUCCGGGGUUCGAAGCCCACUUUUGGAGGAAAGUGUGUCGGAACUGCAAAUGCCCCCGUGAAGAGCAUUGUGGAGGGGAGAUGACCACCACCACCCCGCCCGCCCUCACCGACCUCCCACACGCCCACAACCUGCAGCAGCAGCAUGACACGCCCAUCAAGAAGCCCUCGGGUGUGGGCGGGGUGUUUGGGGGCGUGGGCGGCCUCAUCACAGAUCCCCAACGACACAGCCAGAGUGAUGACGACUCCGGUUGUGCUCUUGAGGAGUAUACGUGGGUUCCUCCUGGUCUCAAACCUGAGCAGGUGCACUUGUACUUCUCGGCGCUACCAGAGGAUAAAGUCCCUUAUGUCAACUCCGUCGGAGAGAAGUACAGAAUCAAGCAGCUCCUUCAUCAACUACCUCCGCACGACAAUGAGGUGCGGUACUGCAAUGGGCUUAGUGACGAGGAGAAGAAGGAGUUACGGCUGUUCUCAGCUCAACGCAAGAGGGAGUCGCUGGGUCGAGGCUCCGUCAAGCAACUCCCUGUCAAUCUCCAUUCCACCAUGACCUGCUCUAAUUGCGGGGAAGGUGUGAGCGGCGGAGACAUCGUGGUGGUGGCCGCCAGGGCAGGCCCCAACGCCUGCUGGCACCCGGCCUGCUUCAACUGUCACGUCUGUCGGGAACUGCUGGUCGACCUCAUCUACUUCUGGAAGGACUCGCACCUCUACUGCGGCAGACACCACGCCGAGUCUCUCAAGCCUCGCUGCGCCGCCUGUGAUGAGAUCAUCCUGGCAGACGAGUGUACGGAGGCGGAGGGGAGAGCGUGGCACAUGAAGCACUUCGCCUGCUUCGAGUGUGACCGUCAACUGGGCGGUCAGAGGUACAUCAUGCGCGAUGGUCGCCCCUUCUGCCUCCACUGCUUCGACGCCAUGUUCGCCGAGUACUGCGACACCUGCGGGGAACCCAUAGGUGUUGACCAAGGUCAAAUGACACACGAGGGUCAACACUGGCAUGCUACAGAGGAGUGUUUCUGCUGUCACACAUGCCAUGCCUCUCUCUUGGGUAGACCCUUCCUGCCUAGGAGAGGUGCAAUUUUCUGCUCAAUUGCCUGUAGUAAGGGCGAACCUCCCACACCCUCUGACAGUAAUGCUAACACACCUGUUGGUCACCAGGCUCUCCCACAGCAGUCUAAACAGUCUAACAGUGUAGAACGACGACAUUCUUUGUCCUAUGAUGCCUCAGACUCUACUCUAACAUCACCUCGUGCUACCAGGCCUCCCACCAAGCAUAUCAGUCAUGAUUCUACAUCUGAUCAGAGUGAUGGUUCUUCACCCUUGCCUGGACGCAAAGGGAUUAAAUCACCAUUGCCAGACAUACCACUUGUAUCAAAAUCGCCAAAAAUGAGACGGCGGGCCUUAGCUACAUCACCACUUUUAGAGAACCCAGAAAGCCCCGAGGCAACAAGUCCUCGAUCACCUCAUCUCAUCAGAAAACCGUCCAAUGUUACAGGUUCACAGCCCCGCAUUUCUAGAGAAAGUUCUUUUCAGAUUCGUGACUUGCAAAGACCUCGGAAUAAUCCUGCACUUUCCAGGGAAUCUUCCAUGUCAGGCAUACAUGGCAUGACUCAACCAAAUACUCAUGUACCUACACCUUACGUGUCUAGUCCUCGCUCACCUAUAUCCGGGGCAUCAGUGGAGAAUCCAGUACAACAUAGACCAGGUGAACAUGUUCCAUCUCCUGUAUCACCACGAUCCCCUCGAUCUCCACGGUUGCAAUCUGCCCAGUCUUCAAGACAUGAGCUACAUAGACACCCUCUGGAUUCACCUCAUGGCACUUCCGAAGCUGGAUCCUCUCGAGUCCCCUCAGAGCUAGGUGGCUCACGUGCUGCUUCUGAUAUAGGCUCACCCAGACCGAGUCAUCGUUCUGUGGCAGCUGUGAGCAGUGAGGAAAUAAGAGGACAAACACAGUCUAAUCCCAUAAUGCGUUCACCCAAGAUGGGUCGCAAGGCCUUACAGCUUCAGCAGUCACCCAAAAUGGGACGACGUGCACUAGAGUUCCGUGGAGCAGAUGGGAGCACUGUAUCUUCAUCCUGUCAGACAAGUCCUCACUCACCCUCAGCCCAGCAGAAGCACCCUAUUACUUCAACACCAACAGGCGAGGGUGGGGAGAGUAUACCAGCAGAAGUAGUAGUACAGCGUGGUGUUGAGCUUGUGGGAGCGGGAUUAGAUCGUCUGGUGCUAGAACGAUCUCUGGGUCGCAUUCUUGCAGAGCAGGGAAUCAAUUUGUUGCGAGAGGUAGCAGCUACAAGUGCACCUGGCACACUUGAGUCUCUUUUGCAGAACUCUGACGUAUUGUCUAAUGCUGCACGUCGACAACCAUUGGAUCUUUCUGCAUUGUCUGAUCUGAAUUUGGAAGCCUUGUUGGCAUCUGAAGAGGCAACAAGAGGACGUGCUUCUCCAGCACAUGCUUCUAUGCCUGAUUUGAGUCAACAUGGUGAAUCAUCUGCCUCUACAUCACCUACGAACACACCAACGCCUGGAGCACCAAGAAAAAGCUCUCUAUCUUCUCGCCAAAAAGACAGACAUAAUCGUUCAGUGAGGUUCGAUCCAGCACAAGUUGGAGAUGCUGCAAGUCGUCAGGAUCCAUCUCGUGAUAUACGUGAUUCAUCUUCCUCCUCUUCAUCAUCUGGGUCAGCACCCACAGCUUUAGAGGUCGCGCCAAUUGCAGGUGGGACACCAUGUCGUCGUCAAAGCCGCCACAGAUCCCAUGGCUCUCACAGGUUGCCAAGAUCUCGCUCAUACUCUGGCUCAGCUCCAGCACCUGAUGGUCAGACACCACGCAAAACGCCAUCUGCACCAGGGCUAGAAGAUGCAGAUUGGGACAAUGAGUCUGUGUGUUCAACAUGUUCCUCAUCUUCUUCAGAUGAAUUUGAUUAUGAGCUGCCUCCUAGAAGAGCUUAUGGUGGUGUCCGUAUAAGUUAUGUGCCUAAUGAUGCCCUGGCGUAUGCUAGACGCCAAGCUGGAACAUCUCAAACGCCAGGGUCCCCAUCCACGCGAAAAAGAUUUGGAGAAAAGGACAAAAACUGUAUUAUUUCAUGAUGGCAUCAUGAACCAGUCCACUCCAGCUAUGCAGCAGCCAAGUGCGCUUAGUAGUCACAGAGUAGUGCUCUGCGGGGUUGGCCUUCGGGCUUCUGCCCUGGCCCCGCGCUUUAUUUUCCUGGCUGCAGAGCUGUCUACCUCGCGCCCCUGGUGGCCCUCUACUCGAGAGAGUGCCAACACAGGGCCUCGCCGCACCAGUAUUGUUGGGCAGUGCCACACCCUUUCCAUGGACUCUCACACUCAUUAAUAAUUAUUGUUCAUUUAUUGAAGUUUAUAAUAAACCUUUAUUUAAAAAAAUUACUUCUAGAGUAUAUUUUGCAGUUAAUGAGUGGUAGAGUAAUGUGUAUAGACAAUACCCAUUUUUCUUCACACUAUCACAAAGUAAAUCCUCAUUAACUAAUCACAAAUAACUAAAACCUGUGGACUUAGCACUUGCAUUAUGGGUAUCCAAAAGUGUUAAUGAUCAGGAACAGAACAAGACAUGAGUGUGAGCUCUAAAAGAGCCACAUCUCGCCUUUCCCUCACCUGCAUACUGGUCCAAAGUAGGACUGCGGCACUAGCAUUAAGUUCCUUUUAAGUCUAGAGCCUGUUAAAUGUGCCAAAUUCGUCUUCCAAGGCUUAGUAAAAUUUGCUAAUGUAAAUGAUGGGUCUUGACAAUUCUGAGGUAUUAAAAGAAAAUAAUACUUUACCAAAGUACUGUACAAGAUACAAACAGUUAUUACUAUCUCCCACGUACAGUGUCUAAUUAUUUUAAUAGAAAACAUGUGAAAAAAAGAAAAGGGGGAAACUGUAAUUUUUGAAUUGUAACCCAUAGUCGGCUAUUCAGUGUCUUGUUCGAGUGAGGAAAAACGGCUUCCUGUGUCAGAAUGGCUUGUUUUGUACUCAAUGUCUUUCUAUAGAAUCUUGAGGCUACAUUUGCAGGACGGCUUGAAUUGCGUUAUUGAUUACAUAAUUUGAGAGAAAAUUAAUUUUGUUAUCUGUCUACAAUGUCAUUUGUUAAAUGCAUCACAUGUAAUUAGAUUAUGUUCUAGUAUACAAUAUAUAAUAUAUUUUUAAUAGAAUGUAAAUUUAAUGUAAAUUUCUUUAAAUGCAUCAAUACUCAUUAAAUGUAAUGUACUAGUUUGCAGUCAUCAGUGACAGUUUGUUAUUAAAGUAUAGAACUUGAGUUUAUUCUAUAAAACAGACUAUGGCAUUUAAAAAACUCAUGUUCAUAGCAAUAUUGAAUCUUAUAACGAUUAUCAAGUUCCUCUAGAAUUUGACUUGUGUAUCAUGAAUGCCUGAAGUAUUUCUCAAAGGUGCUUAUAUUCUAUGCUGGUCUGAGGAGCUCAAGUGAUGGCGCAACACCAUCCCCCAUUAAAAUGGCAGCUAAUACAGUGACUGCCGUGCCACGGACAAUAUUUUUUUUAAUUAUUAUGUAACCGUGUGUGUGACUAAUUUGCAGUAUUUAGAUACAUUAGUUUUAUUUUUCAGUGUGUGAUGCCAGAUGAUAAACUCAAAAUCUGAGGCUUAGGUACCAUUUAAAAUUGUAUCUAAAUCUUGAUUGUGUGAAAGUCUGUGCUUCAAGUGCAGUUACCUAUUAUGUGAAACUGUAUAAUGACCCCACCUAAAUACAUGUACAUAUAAAUACAUGACCUACACAUGCAGGUGUGUGUGUGUGUGUGUGGUGCAAUGUCGUAAUAGACACAUGUCUGGCUGUAGAAAUAAUGGCAUACUACUGCUCCCAAUUUUUGUCAGUAUUUUCUAAUCUUUUGUACAGCAGUGUCCAAAAUGACAAAAAGGGCACUAUUAACCGAGUGAUGACCAUCGCUCAACACUGUACAUUUUUGUAUUUAUUUUGAUUCUUGUACAUUGUAGUUUAUGCAUUUUUGUUCCUUAAGUUUGUAGAAUACAGAUGCGUUUAUAUUGCUCCAAAAGAAUGUUCAUAAUGACUGUAACAUAAGAGAAUGGCUUUUUUGGUUAAGGGUUUGUACAUAUGAUAUAUGAAUAAUAAAAAUUGUUUUCUGAUA